AUGAAUGUAGUGACAAGUAACAGACACUGUGGGAUUCUCUUACAGGCUAUGGAUGCUAUAAAGAACAUGGUUAUGACCAUUUUUAUUUUUGAAUUCUUCAUUGGGAACCUGUUAAAUGGAUUCAUAGCACUGGUGAAUUGUCUGGACUGGGUUCAGAGAAGAAAGAUCUCUCCAGUGGAUGAAAUCAUCACUGCUCUGGCAGUCUCCAGAGUUGCUCAGCUUUGGCUUGUAGAAGUAAAUAUAUUGCUUUUUCUUACUCACUCAGUAAAACUGACGGAAAUCGUAACAAGACUGACCAACAUUGCCUGGGUUGUGACCAGUCAUUUUAAUCUUUGGCUUUCUACACAACUCAGCAUUGUUUACCUUCUAAAGAUAGUCAAGUUUUCGAAUUCAAUUUUUCUUUACCUAAAAUGGAGAAUUAGGCAGGUAGUUUCAGUAACCCUGGUGCUGUCUCUGGCCCUUUUGUUUUUAAACAUCAUGGUCAUAAACACGCAUGUUGAUGUCUGGGUUGAUGUCACUAGAGGAGACUCGCCUCACAACUUCAGUUCAAGAAACUCUACUCCAUUUCUCAAACAUAUUUUAUUCACCAACUCUGUAUUUGCCAGCAUCCCCUUCACUGUGUCGCUGGUGGCUUUUCUACUGUUAAUUUUUUCUUUGUGGAAACACAAGAAGAAGAUGCAUGACAGCAGCAGGGGCUCCAGAGACUCCAACACCCUGGCUCACGAGAAAGCCUUGAAAACUGGGAUUGCCUUCCUCUCUAUUAAUGCCAUCUUUUUACUUACACUUAUAGUAAAUGUCUGCAGCACUCAAUUGAAGGAUAAUUAUAUAAUACUUUUAUUUAGUGUGGUUACUGGAAUAACUUUUUCUUCAUGCCACUCCUGUGUCCUGAUUCUAGCAAGUGUUAAACUGAGACAGGCUUCCCUUUCUGUGCUGUGGUGGCGGAUGUGCAGGACCAAAGAUGCAGGAUCCUGCGGUCCCUGA